AUGCCUGGAGAAGAGAUCGAUCGGCCAAACCCCAAGGCUUUGGCCUCCUUGAUUCCUGAAGAUGUCCUCAAGCUGUCUGUUCAGUUGGAGAAGAUGCAGCUGAGUGAAGCAGAUCUGAAAGGUCUGGAAGAGUUUCGCAGAGCCAGCAACUACAUUGCAGCUGGUAAGCUCAUGCUCCAAUGGAACCUUGAUGGUUUUCAAGCACGAAGUUCCACACCUCCCCCCAGCAAAUACCCGGAAACUGACUAUCGCAGAUUACUUGGACAUUGGGGAACGUGCCCGGGUCUUACUCUUGUCUACGCGCACUUGAAUUAUCUCACUCGCAAAAAUGACCUCGACUGUAUCUACGUCGUUGGCCCAGGACACGGAGCUCCCGCAAUCCUAGCCUCCCUUUGGCUCGAAGGUAGCUUAGAAAAAUUCUACCCACAAUACGCCCAGAACAAGCAAGGAUUACAUAACCUGAUCACGGGAUUCAGCACACCCAGAGGAUUUCCCAGUCACAUCAAUGCUGAGACUCCAGGGGCAAUACACGAAGGCGGCGAAUUGGGAUAUGCGCUGUCUGUUGCUUUUGGGGCUGUCAUGGACAAGCCUGAUUUGAUUGUCGGUUGCAUUGUUGGUGACGGAGAGGCCGAGUCCGGACCUACAGCUACCGCAUGGCAUGCGGCCAAAUACAUUGACCCUGCGGAGUCUGGUGCGGUCAUUCCUAUUGUUCACGUCAAUGGUUUCAAGAUCUCAGAGAGAACUAUCUACGGGUGCAUGGACGACAAGGAGAUGGUCACACUGUUCACAGGCCUCGGUUACCAAUGCAGAUUCGUUGAAGAUUUGGAAGAUAUCGACCGUGAUCUAGCUACGAGUUUCCAAUGGGCUCUGGACGAGAUCCGCAAGAUUCAAAAGGCUGCCCGGUCAGGCAAACCUAUCAUGAAGCCUCGCGUAAGCAGCAAGCUUGUUUCCUUUCGAAAUCUGACUGACAUUUUCCAUGAGUGGCCAGUGAUUAUCAUGAGAACCCCCAAGGGCUGGAGUGGACCCAAGAAAGUAGAUGGCGAGUUCGUCGAAGGAUCGUUCCAUUCCCACCAAGUCCCUCUCAUGGCAGCAAAGACCAACAAGGGACAGCUCGCCGACCUCCAAAAGUGGCUUCUGUCCUACGGUCCAGCCAAGCUCUUCACAGAGACAGGCGAUGUCACUGAUUCUAUCAAGAGCGUCAUUCCAGCCGAGUCCUCAAAGAAACUCGGUCAGAGAGCUGAGACAUACAAAUCUCACGAGCCAUUGAAGGUCCCAGACUGGAAAAAGUUCGGAGUCGAGAAGGGAAGCGAGGAGUCUUGCAUGAAAGCUAUUGGCGACCUCAUCGACCAAGCUCUUGUUGACAACCCCAAGUCGCUCCGCAUAUUUUCCCCAGACGAGUUGGUAUCCAACAAGCUUGAUGCAGUAUUCAACCACACUUGCCGCGAUUUCCAAUGGGACGAGUUCUCCAACGCACGGGGCGGCAGAGUCAUUGAGAUUCUCAGCGAGCACACUUGUCAAGGAUUCCUGCAAGGAUACACGCUUACUGGUCGCACGGGUAUAUUUCCAUCAUAUGAGUCUUUUCUCGGUAUAAUCCACACCAUGAUGGUGCAGUACUGCAAGUUCAACAAGAUGGCCAGAGAAACUACGUGGCGUUCCGACCUCUCAUCCAUAAACUACAUCGAAACCAGCACCUGGACCCGCCAAGAACACAAUGGCUUCUCCCACCAAAACCCUUCCUUCAUCGGCGCCGUAUUGAACCUCAAAGCCAGCGCAGCCCGCGUCUACUUCCCGCCCGACGCUAACACCUUCCUCUCCACCGUCGCCCACUGCCUCCGCUCAAAGAACUACGUUAACCUCAUGGUCGGCUCCAAACAACCACAGCCCGUCUUUCUCUCCGUAGAAGAAGCAGACGCGCACUGCCAAGCCGGGGCCUCGAUCUGGAAAUUCGCCUCCGUAGACGACGGUCUAAACCCCGACGUGACACUCGUCGGCAUCGGCUCCGAGCUGACCUUCGAAGUCGUCGUCGCGGCCGCCAUCUUGCGCCGGAAAUGCCCCGCCCUGCGAGUGCGCGUCGUCAACGUCACGGACCUCAUGAUCCUCGAAAACGAGACACUACACCCGCACUCCCUGACAAACGACGAGUUCAGCUCUCUGUUCACGCCCGAUCGCCCCAUCCACUUCAACUACCACGGCUACUCGAACGAGAUCAAGGGCCUCCUGUUCGGUCGCCCACGCCUGGAUCGCAUGAGCAUCGAGUGCUACAAGGAGGAAGGCAGCACCACGACGCCGUUCGACAUGAUGCUCCGCAACUCCGUGAGCAGAUUCCACGUCAUGGAAGCGGCUGUCAAAGCCGGUGCGAAGCACAACCCGCAGGUGGCUUUGGAUAUGACGGCCCUGCUGGGAGAUAUCAGACACCAAGUUACCAAGGUGCAGGAGUACAUCAUGGCGACGGGUAGGGACCCGGAAGGGACCUUUGAUCUCCCAAGAUUUGAAGGAACCGUGUUUCAGGGUGGCGCCAAGGGUAGCGGACAGGGUGGCGGUGGCAAGGAGGACGGCUUUUUCGUCAACUAA